AUGACUUGGUAUAAAAGUUUGCCCGACGAGUCUAUCACUUCAUGGAAAGUGCUCGGGAAACUUUUUUCCAGGCACUUCACGACAUCCCGGAGACACCCCAAGUCAGAAGCUUCCUUGGAAGCCAUCAUCCAAGGAAAAGAUGAGUCUCUACGGGCGUGCAUAGAAAUAUUUAACAAGGAAGCCGUACAAGUGUCCACUACUGCCCAUAUGAAGAAUUUCUUGCUCGAGCGUGGCCUCCGACCAUGCUCGGACUUCGCUAAAGCCGUCGGAAUCGAAACACCGGCCACUCUGAAUGAGUUCUUCCUCAAAGCUCAGGCAUACAUACAAUAUGAGGAAAAAGAGGCCGCUCACGCGGUACGCAAUUUCAGACAAGAAGAAACCAGCAAGAAUAGUCGCCAGGACGAUUCCCGUCGGGGAACAGACAAGAAGAAAGACGACAAGGGCCGGGACCCCAAAGACUACAAAGCCCCAGCCGGGAAAUUCCAAGAAUACACCCCGCUCAACGCCUCAAGGGAAUGCAUCUUAAACGAGUGCGCGAACGCUGAAUUCCAGACGGGCAAGGUCCGCUUCCCUAAAACCAUGCCUGCGCGACCGAACGUGGAUAAAUCGAAAAUCUACCGAUUCCACAAAGGCCACGGGCACAACACCGAGGAUUGCAUCCACCUAAAGGAUGCCAUAGAGAUAUUAAUCAGGGAGGGACAUCUGAAGCAAUAUGCUAAGAAGCAGGAAGCCUCCAGAGAAGCUAAACCCGUCACCGAGGAAAAGCCGGCGGAAGAUACGCCCGCCAUGCAAGUAGCCAUGAGCAUCACCAGGCCGGAAGACAUUUACCUCCCUGGCUGGGCUAAAUCGCCGACCACCACCUCCCCUCACAGCGCAUGGGAGAUGUUCCCCUCCGCCAUGGUCAUAUUGGGUGGAGGAUUCAGCAAAUUCACCGUGGGAUCCAUAAAGCGCAAAUUUGACGAGCUGAUCUCAGCCAGCGCAAGCAAGGCCGCCACGCUCGACCAUGCCAAGGGCAGCCCAUCCGCCAUCUCCUUUUACAAAGAGGAAUUGCCCGGUGGAGCACCCAACGCCAGCAUUCCCCUCCUCAUCCGGGCUAGGAUGGCCAGUUUUGACGUGCGGCGGAUAUUGGUCGGUCAGGGAAGUUCAAUAGACAUCAUGUACUCCCAACUGUUCAGAACGAUGCACCUGAACGACAACCACCUCACCCCCUAUGUUGGAUCAGACCUUCAAGGUUUCAACGGCACGGUGACUAAGCCAUGGGGGUUUGUCGAGCUCAUAGUCACAAUCGGAUCGGCAGAAACCUCGAGGGCCGUCAAAGUCCAAUUCUUGGUCAUCGACUGCCCCUCGAUAUACCAAUGCUUUCUCGGACGCCCGAUGCUAGCUGAGUUAAUCUCCGUUCCCUCAACCGUUCACCUAAAGCUUAAAUACUAUACGACCAAAGGACAAGUAGCAACACUCAACGGCGACAUCGAAGCAUCAAGGAGGUGCUUCGCAGCCUCUGCCAAAGGCCUGAGCACGAUAAAGACACCGGCCCAAGAGAAAACAGCGACCGGCGCAAUCUCAGAGACCAAUAAAUCUAUGCCCCGCAUCGACAUUGUCGACCUCGACAGUCGUUUUCUGGGAGAACCCGAGCAGAGCAUCAACUCAGGCGCAUCGGAAGGGAUCCUCCGACCAAUUCCUGACGGAGACUUCGAACUCGUGUCCUCGGAGAAGAUCCGACCAGGGGAGUCAAGAUCGGAGCAGACCUGCCGGACCUGGCCAAAAGACAACUCAAAGCUUGCCUCCGUGAAAACGCCGACCUAUUCGCUUGGAGCGCUGUAG